GUACUCCGAUAUCACCUCCAAAAGUACAAAGUACUGUUUCAACGGGCCGUGCAAUUAGCCGGUCAACUUGAUCAGUCAAUCGCUGCACGAUUGGAACAACCAGCUGUGGAUAUCACGGGGAUGACUGGUAGUAUGGGUGAGAUGGCUUCGUUCUCACAUCAGGCACAAUCCCAUCCGAAUGCUAUCUCGAACCAGCCUGUCGCGGGUUGUCCAUCCUGCGGACGGAUGGUUCUUAUCCGACAGCGUCGUCCAAGUCAACAGCAACCUUUGACUGAAGUGAAUACCAAUCAAAGUGAACGUAUCAGGAAAGCACCUCCGCUACGUGAAGACUAGUGUAAACCGUCCGGCGCACGAACUAUCNAACUAUCUGCUCCAUCCGGUCCGAGUUCACCACGAUCCUCUGGUUCAAGAACCGCUGUUGGUGGUCGUUUGAGUUCUCCCGUGAAUGCUGGUUCCGCACGGUCGUUCUCCACAUUCACCGCACCGGUCUUCGGUUCACCAACAACCACUAGCAAUGAUUUGGGAUUCUCUACACCAACUGAUUGGACCGCUAGCUCAUCCCAGUCCGAUGCCGUAGUAUGUAAUUGUGGUCAAGAGGCUAUUGUGCUUACUGUGAAAAAACCUGGCCAAAAUCAAGGCUUUCCUGCCGGUGACCCGGAUAAGAUGGAACAGCGUACGGAGAUUACCCAUGGCGGCAGCACGUUCCAUCUCUAA